AUGGGCCUCGAUAAAUAUGUCCCAGAAUUCACGAUUAACAAGGUCACUGGAGCGAAGUUCUUAGAAUUAGAUGGAACGAAGCUAAAGACUAUGGGAAUCCAGAACCACUCGGAUCGCUCAUUGAUCAAGAAGAAAGUGAAAAUGAUCAAGAAUCGGAUAGAACGUGAGCGAAAGUUGCUGGAAAAAGAGAGCCGAUCGCGAGUGAUUGCCCAAGGAAUGCAAAUGCAAAUUCAAAUGUAA